GUGUUUGUGUUUAUGGAUACAUGUAUUUCGUAAUGAAUUGAGAAAACAUAUAAUAGCAGAUUGUGUGGACAUGUUUUUGGAUAUUUAAACAUUAAGAAUUGUAAUAUAUGUCAAUCUUAACAAAAUUGUAGAGAUGAACAUACUUUCAUUUUGUUGUGUUUUUGUGUUUAAGGAUGCAUUUAUUUAUCAGAAAUUCGUAACGUGGACAAGAUUGUAAUAUAGUCAAUCUUAAAAAAAUCGUAAAAUCACGUUUUCCCACCAAAAUCGUAAAAUUAUAUUUUCCCGGUAAAACCACAAAAUCAUGUUUUCCCGACAAAACCACAAAAUUGUGUUUUCCACCAAAACCGCAAAAUCGUCUUUUCCCGCCAAAAUCGUAAAAUUGCGCUUUCCUGCCAAAACUGCAAAAAUUAUUGUUUUUCGCCAAAACCACAAAUCCCGUUUAUGUAUGAACCUAUGUAUGCUUUGAGAUUAUAUAUGAUCAUAAUGUAUGAUUUUGGAUUAUACAAAACAUGAUGAAAUCAUGUUAAAUAUGAAUUUUUGUAUGUUAAGCUUGAUUUUUUAAUUGGAUUCCGCGAAAUGCCCAUUUAGAAUAGUCCAUUUUGGAUUUUGAAAAUUUAGGUUUCUAAUAAACUAAUUUGUCCAUUUGGACAUGCCCAUUUGGACAUGAACAACCCGUUUGACAUCAAGUAACAUGUUACGUCAUCAAUAAUCAACUUUCAUAUCAUAAUCAUUAUCAUCAUCACAAAUAAUCAUCAUACAUCAGUCAUCAAUUAACAAACAAUCUCCUAGACCUAGCCUAGUAGUACUAAGAAUCCACAGAUCACACCCUCACCUUUUCCAUAAGAUUGAAAGUAGAUUCUGAAAAUUAUGGUCAAAGCGGUUGAACCACUAUUUUGUCGAUCUGAACUGCGAUUGCAUUCAAAUAGAAAAUUAGGGUUUCUGGUUUUGACAGAUCAUUAUGAUUCUUGGACAGGAAGCAAGACAAAUAAUUAUAAUCUUACAACUAAAAUGGAAACCGCCAGUUGAUAUAGAUUCCUUGAAAAAAAAUCUUUCCAGAGACACCUUACUCGCGUUCUAACUCUCUCUGGUUCACCCGGAAACCAACUCACAAAACAGGUUUCAGACUUAGGAUCCCUGAAUCCAGAAAACAGUGAUUUUUCUUCAACUUGAACAUCAAAUAACUUCGGAUUUUACCUCGUAACUGAGUGUUCUUGAUGACUAUAGAAAACUUGGAACGUCAGGUUUCUAACAAUAACAAUCUCGUCACCUAUAUCCUUCUGUAUCUCGGUAAAUUUCCUCUCAAUAUGGCUCUCUGAACUGAAAAAACAAUCUGGACAAAUUUCAGAACCAUGCUGAUUUUCUCUCAACUUGUAAAUCAAAUAACUAAUGUAUAUUACCUUUUAAUGGAGCGUUCUUAGUGGCUUUAGAGAGCUAGGAACGUCAUAUUUCUAACACUAUCAAGGAAGUCACCGAAAUCCUCCUGUAUCAACCGAAAAUAGCUUCACAAUAUGGCUCUGCGAAACAGGAAAACCAGAUCUGAACAGAUUUCAGAAAUAUGAUGGUUUUCUCUCAACUUGUAGAUUGAAUAACUAACUGAGUUUACCUCGUAAUUGAGAUCCUAAAGUUGCUAUGUCUUCCUUGCAUUGAGAUCUAUCAAUCAAACUUAAGUUCUUUGAUUAUAUCCUUUAUAUCUGGUCGGAAUCAUCUCUCAAAAACACCAACUUGGCACUGGUUUCUCUUGAGAUGGUUGACGACUGCGUUUUCAUUGAUUUUGGCAAGAGCUUCGCCUACAAAUUUGUAUCUCCAUCUCCUCUAGGUCAUUGCCUUCAUUAUAUAGUUGAAGGAGCUUGUUCAUAUCAUCCAAAAUUAGUGAAAUACCUUUCUUUAAAGUUUUAGGUUAAAAUGUGGGCCCUACGUUUAGGAUUUUAAAAUUUGUUGGGUUUGAGCUGUGACAUUCACAAUAUAUCAUUUCUUCCUUAGAAUAUUGUAUGGGAUCAAUUGUAGCAAAAAGAGAAAAGGUACAUACAGUGUGUGUAUGUGUCUGGUUGUAUAUCAAGACAAAAAACUUCAUAUUGUAACAAGGGAUAAUCUAUUUAUUUGCUAAGGACGUUCAGUCAUGAUUGUUUUUGUUUUUAAAGGAUCUUACUAAUAGUAAUGUGGUAAAUUGUGAUGAAAAUCUGAAGAGCUUUAGCAUGGAAGCAACGAGUUGAGCUAGAGAUUUUUUAUAUUAAGAAAAUACAUUAGUAAAAAAACGGAAAUAGCAACGGUCAGUAUUCGUGGCCAUAGGUGUUUUUUCGUAGCUAUAUGGAGGUCUUGCUACAAAAAGCCACGAUUUUCAAAUUGUAGCUACACAAUUGUAGCACUUUUUGGUUCAUAGCAAAACUAUUUCAAAAUGCUACAUAUGAAAGAUUACAUGCAGUAACGGCCCUGAUACCAAGCAUAGGAAGCUCCAGCUUCCGGCCCAAAAUAAUAUAUAUGUUUUACCGGCCGUAAAUUGACAAUAAAUUGUCCGUAGCUUAGUGGUAGUCAUGGUGUGUAUAGUCUAUAGGUGAUGACUUUGAAUCUCCACCCCAUUAAAAUAUUUUGAACAUUGAUAAUAUACUUGCUAUCACGGCCCUCAAAUUUUUUUUAGCUUCUGGACCUCACAUUCAAUGGGCGGCCACUGAUUACAUGGCAAGUUGUUACAGUUUUGACACGAUGGUUUCUACUACGAAGUAGCGACAAAUUCUUUCGUGGCAAGUUACCAGGGACGGCUAACUAGGAAGGUCAAACAGUGCGACUGUUCCGGGUCCAAGUCUGUGUUCCCCCAUAUAUUAAUAAUUAAGGGGCACAAUUUUUUUAUAAAUCUAUAUUUUUAUACAAAAAAAAAUAAAAAGAUAUAAUAAAUAAAAUUGAAGCGGCCUAAAAAUAUUUUAUAUGUAUACAGUUUUAUUUUCAUCACAAAAUAUAUGAAAUACUAUUGAUUAAAAUUUAGAAGUACUUUAAACAUUAAAUAAAUAUAAAUUUUAAAAGGUGAAUUUUUUUUGCUCUAGGGCCCUUAACAGUGUUAAGCCGACCCUGUAAGUUACCACAAAUUUGAUAUGAUUACAUCAUCGCUUGCUGCUGCAAAAUAAAGACGGUUUAUUUUGUGUCUUUUGUUUUGUUUGGCUAUGAUUUAAACUAGCUUUUCCGUGUGUAGAUAUUUGAACGAUUUAAAAAAAUAAGUUAAUUAGAUUUUUUUUUUUUUGAAACAGAAACCGAAUUUGUAUUACAUUGAUCUUCUUAAAGCUCAAAAUGUUCAAAAAUUAAAACAUGGAACAUAAUACAUAAACUUGUUUUUGUGCAAGCAAAAGCCAUAUCUUAAUGUACAAACCGAGUUCUUAAUUGCACCACCUAUCUAAUUCAAAAUGGUUAUUAUGUUGAGGUUGUGAAUCACCUGGAGCUUAAGACUGAACCUGAUCUGGGGAUGGAGCUUGACCUUGAAGUUGAUCUUGAUACUGAUAUUGUGACUGAGAAUAACGUUGAGCAUGAGUUGGUUGUGCAGUAGAGGCAUGAGGAUUGGAAGCUUGAGGCUGUAGAAGUUGCAGAAUCGUGUUGAGAGUUAAUUGAAUUUUAGUCAUCCCUUCUUUGAAGUUAGUCUUGAAAGCAUGAAAAUCAGACUUGACUUCCUGAGUGAGGGUCUCCAAGCCACAAAUCCGCAUCUCCAUGUCCAUGCUUAACUUGAGUGUAGCAGAGACCGACUCAAAUGGACAUCUGUUCUUGGAUUGAACAUUGCCAAGUCAAUAAAUAGUGCCCCUGUGUGUCUGUCGACGCUGAAAAGGACACAAAAAUAGCAUUAGCACAGAGAACAUUCAGUCAUUAAAAUUCAGUCUGAUCUUGUUACAAGUUCAAUACAAGAGUAAGAAGAAACAAAGAUAAUGACUAUUACCUUGAUGUAUUCUUGGUUUCGAAGAAGGCGCAUUGAAGUUGAUGUGACAGAAGCCGAGGCAGUUUGGCUAUCUCCAACUGGAGAUAAUCCGUCUUGUAGCAUCUCUUCAACCGCUUGCUCAAUAUGGUAUAAAAAAAAAUGUUGUGGAAGAUAAUUCAGAUUAUGUUUCGACAACGGUUGUUCCUCCCAAUGACGAAUAUCAUAACCAUGCUAGUAAAGUUGCCUUUGGAAUUGGAAGUUGAGUCCGAUCUUGGUACUCUCGCAAAAGUUUGUUGACAUUUCGCCCUCUAGAAUACAUUGAUUUACUGGAGUCCCUAUCCGAGUAAUGACCUAUAGAAUUGACUUCUCCCUAGACCCUUCACUAUCUUGUCCAGGUGUUUCAUUGGCUUAGACGCAUGGACUCUGAAGAUGAGUUAGAACAGUCAUGUACUGAUUCUGAUUAAGAAUCUCAUUCAAGUUCUUAGUGUUUUUAUGAUAUAUGAAUGUAUUUUAUAAGUUCUUAGUGUUUGUAAGAUAUAUGAAUGUAUAAUAUAAGUUCUUAGUGUUUGUAAGAUAUAUGAAUGUAUAAUAUAAAGUUUUAUGUAGCAAAUUUGUAAUAUAGAAAAAUGUAUCAUAUGAAUUUAUAAUAUAUGAGUGUAUAAAAUUUUUUAAAAAGAUAUACGAAUAAUCCUAAUUUUAUAAUCUCUAAACCCAAUCUAAACACUAUCUUUUAUUUUUAAUCAAUAAGAAACCGUUUAAAAGAACUUAAAGUUGAAUCACAGUACUAUGAGGGUAAAAGACAUAUCUUUACAUAUGAGGUAUUAAUCAUUUAUGAGAGUGGUAGAUCCUCACAGAAGAAGUGUGUUGUUUUUUCUGAUGAUCCCAUUCUUUUAUUAACAGCCUGAAACAAGUUGACAUAAAAUCCACUGAAGAUGGUAUGCAUUUUCAAACAGAUAUGUAAAAAGCUAAAGUCAUGUUGUCCUACCUCUUGACAUUGUCAACACAUGAUUAUUUCAGAUGUUCUCCUUCAACUGAGUCCAUGUGAAGAAUAGUCACUCUCCCUUCACAAUCUUCAUCUCGGAUACACACAACUAUUAAGCUCUAGCGGUCACUGAAAAAUCUCAAUAGAUUAAUGAGCUCAAACAGACAAGUGAAAAUUGUAAAACAAAAGAUAUACCUUAACAUAUGGGGCAUUAAUCAUUUCUGAGAGUGGUAGAUCCCAACAGAAGAAGUGUGUUGUUUCUUCUGAUGAUCCCAUUCUUUUAUUAGCAACCUGCAACAAGUUGACAUAAAAUCCACUGAAGAUGGUGUGCAUUUUCAAACAGAUAUGUAAAAAGCUAAAUUCAUGUUGUCCUACCUUUUGACAUUGUCAACCAAUUAUUCUUUCGGAUGUUCUCCUUCAACUGAAUCCAGGUGAAGUAUAGCCACUCUCCCUUCACAAUUUUUGUCUCGGAUACACACAACUAUUAAGCUGCAAUAGGCACUGAAAAAUGGAAACUUUCAAAAGAUUAUUGAUAUGAGACAGACAAGGGAAAAUUGUAAGCAAAAAGAAAACUUACUCUUUACAUAUUGGAAUAAAAAGAUAUGACUUUCAAAAUAGAUCAGUGUCCUUCCACCACCUCCUCAACUUGAUAAACUUUUCAUUCAUAUACAUCUUGAAAUUUAAAUGGAAUUGAAAAUGGAAAUGGAAAUGGAAAUGAAAAUAAUAAACAAAUUGACAUAUAACUGAGAAUUCAGUAACUGAUUCAUUUUUGAUAUAAUCAGGAAAAAUGAUCACCUCGAGCUCAAAAGUCUUAAUGACCUUAGUGUAAAAAUGACUGCCAAAUAUCUGACAGUUAAUACGCGAUGAAAAUCCUUUCCUUACCAAGUAUCUAGCCAAAGUAAAGAGAUAACAUAAAUCAUACUAACUCAAUGGACAACACUUUGUAAGAACUCGGUAACUGUAUGAAAUGAAUUCAAAACUACCUCAUUUUUGGUCAAAAAGUUCUGUUGGUAGACACAGUGAAGGUUUAAGGCACUUAGUGUUCUUAGCAUUUACAAUAUCACACCUGAACGAAGUGAACAAAAAACUAUUGUUAAAAGUUAUAGCACUACUGAUGAUGUAUAUUUAAUUAACCAACUACACUUUUUUUUCUUGCUUCUCUUUUUCCUGCGUUGUGUCUUGCUGUAUCACAUAUGGAGUCAAGAGAAAUUUAGAUAGCAACCUUUUUCUCUUGUAUUUCUUUCUUUUACUGGCUUGGACCUUAGGUUGUUGGCGCGGAGCAUCAGUCCUUUCGAUACAUUUCAUCAAAUCAGCCAUAGUCUUUUUUUUCUUGGGAUUCUUUGUUUAUGAAUUUGUAUAAACAAUGCUUAUGUAAAAAAUUAUAUAACUUAUAAAUUUCUAACCAAGGCUUUAGUUUUCUAAAUCCAAAAUUAAAUAAAACCAAACACCAAAUCAAAGCUGUCAAUUCCAAAAUUAAAUAAAAACCAAACACCAAAUCAAAACAACAAAUCACACUUUUUGUUAUUCAACUUCAUCACCAACAAUCGAUUCAAUGUUUGGGAGUGUCUCUUCUUCACCAUCAACUUCAUCUUCUGCAAGUUUUCAUAUUUGGGUUCUCAGAGUAGAGAAGCUCUUUGCCUGAACCCGCAUGUUUUUAUCUGGAUAAAAGUUUAUAAAUGAGUAAGAUGAUAUGUGAUUUGUUAUUAAGAAGAGGGUUUGAGAAGCUUACCCUUUCAUACUCGUUUUCUUUCAUCCGUGGAGGUGCAUUUUUCAUGAACAAUUUAGUGAAUAAGAGAACAAACAAAUCGCAGUUGACAGUAUUUUUUUUGUUGUGGACACAGGUUGCACAAAAAGAUUCACAUAAGAUAAUUUGACUUCUCAUGUGGUUCUAUCGUUUAAUUAUUUAAAUCCAUAAGAAACCGUUUGAAAGAACCUAAAAUUGAAUCAGGGUACUAUGAGGGUAAAAGAUAUACCUUUACAUAUGGAGCAUUAAUCAUUUCUGAGAGUAAUAGAUUCCCAACAGAAGAAGUGUGUUGUUUCUUCUCGUGAUUUCAUUCUUUUAUUAACAACCUGCAAUAAGUUGACAUAAAAUCCGCUGAAGAUGGUAUGCAUUUUCAAAUAGUUAUGUAAAAAGCUAAACUCAUGUUGUCCUACCUCUUGACAUUGUCAACAAAUGAUUCUUUCGGAUGUUCUCUUUCAACUGAAUCCAGAUGAAGUAAAGUCACUCUCUCUUCACAAUCUUCAUCUCGGAUACACACAACUUUAAGCUCCAGUGGUCACUGAAAAAUGAAAACAUUCAAAAGAUUAAUGAGCUGAGACAGACAAGGGAAAAUUGUAAGCAAAAAAAAAAAAAUUACUCUUUACAUAUUUGAAUAAAAAGACACGACUUACAAAAUUGAAUAGUUCCUUCCACAACCUCCUAACCUUGAUAAACUUUUCAUUUAUAUCCUUCUUAAAAUGGAAAUGAAAAUGAAAAUAAUAACCAAAUUGACAUAUAACUAAAAAUUGAGUAACAAAUUCAGUUUUGAUAUAAUCAGGAAAAAUGAUCACCUCGAGCUCAAAAGUCUUAAUGAUCUUAGUGUUAAAAUGACUGUCAAAUAUCUGACAUUUAAUACGCGAUGAAAAUCCUUUCCUCACCAAGUAUCUAGCCAAAGUAAAAAGAUAACAUAAAUCUUAUUAACUCAAUGGACAACACUUUGUAAGAACUCGAUAAACGUCUGAAAUGAAUUCAAAACUACCUCAUGUAAAGAUCGAGAUUUUCUGUUGAUAGACGCAGUGAAGGUUUAAGGCAUUUGGUGUUCUUAGCCUUUACAAUAUCACACAUGGACAAAGUGAACAAAAAACAAUUGUUAAAAAUUGUAGGACUACUAAUGAUGUAUAUUUAAUUAAUCAACUACAGUUUUUUUCCUUGCUUCUUUUUUUUUUUCUUGCGUAGUGUCCUGCUGUAUCACAUAUGAGGUCAAGAGAUAUUUGUAUAUUUAUGCAAAAUAUGAUAAAUAAGUUAGUGUUAAAAAAACAUAUUUAUAACUAUAUUUACCAUUUAGUUUAUUUUUUGUUAAUGUAAUAUAUAUAUUUAAUAAUGAUACAUGAGUUAUUAUUUUAAUAUAUUUUAAUAUUGUUGCCAAAAUAAAUAUAUAAAAAAUUAGCUUCAAUGGUGAUAUAGAAGUUAAUAGGUAUUAUUAUAUUAAAAAACUUACCAAAUCUAUAUAGAAGUUUAUAAAGAAAACUGUACAUGUCACAAUUACUUAUUGCCCUGUCACAUUUUUUCAAAGCCAUGUCAUAAUUUUUUCUUUAUAAUUUUUUUUCUUUUUGAAACCAGAAAAGUUGCUAGUUUAUUGUUAUAGAGUAAAUAAUACAAUGUUGCAGUGAGACUUUAUAUAAAAUUCAUCAUAUAUGUUCUUCUAGUGAUCUUAAAGCAGAUUACAACUAAAAUGAAAAGAGAAACAACUUGGAAAAUAAUCGGUAAAAAUAUUCCUUAAAUUAAGAAAUUGAAAUCAUACAAUUAGCCAUAAGAGAUUAUUUCAAAUAGUAGCCAAAGUAUUCAAUUACUCUUUCCUUUAGUUUUCUUGUAGACCAGGUGUACAAUCCACAUGAAAUACAUUGGUCAAGCAGAUUUUAUCCUUGAAAUUAAUAUCACAAAGGAUUGACAGGAUAAUUUUGUCUCAAAAUAAUUAAGCUGACAUUUUUUUUAACUGUUUAUGAACUAAUUAAAUAAAACUGCAAGAACUCAUGUAGACAUACACCAUCACUUGACUAAAUAUGUAGGUGAAGCAGUACCACAAGUGUAGUAUGCAUGGGUAAUAGAAAAUAUGAUAUACUUAACAAAUUGUACAUGACCUACUCACUAGAAAAUUAUAACUUCGAUAUAAAAUGAUUUGUGAUACAUCAAAAUCUUAUGUGGUUAAACUACAGUAAAGAACAUGUAGUAUUGGAAGGAACGAAGAUGAAAACUGGAUAUCAUUCUCAAAUCACUACAAAAAGUGGAUAUGCCUUCUCUUACAAGUGCAGUAAUAUCUUGAAAAAGUUCCUAACAAUUUAUUGGCUGAUUAACUAUGAAAUAUAAUUUAAUUUUUUUAUAAAAACAGAAGAAGAAGCAUAAUGACUUUGAAGUUUCUCGGAAGAUAUUCCAAAUUGGGACAAAUCAGUCCUGCCAGUACGCAUACAAUGUGAUUGUUAAUCAUCUAUACCUUGUGCACUGAACAAUUUUUAUAUUAUAAAGUUUCUCCAUAUCAGAGGAUGACAUAAAAUGAUUAGAAUGGAUUACAUUAUGGUGGAUUACAUUAUGUUAACUGACAACCUUGCACACCAAUUUACCAAAGAUUUAACACAAGAUCAUGUUUUAAAAUUUUGAAGGGAAUGACUCUCCUGAAUAUAUAUAAUUUUUAUGCAUAUCCUUGCAGAUUGAGCAAUACUUUACAUAUAAAUAAACAUCUUACCUCCUCAUUAAUCAUAUAUCUAAACACGGACUAAAAUUUCCGGCAAAAACUAAGUGUCAUGAGAGCACAUCGUUUUUAUCUAUAGGUUCCUACAUAUGUUUUGUAUGUAAUAAAAAAGUUUUACAUACCGUUGAAUCAUGAGAUUCAAAAAUCAAACAAAACUAUCAUACAUUAUGAGCAAUUUGUUACGUUAACACAAGAGAUCAAAUAGUAUAACAAAAGCGUAUUUUCUAUAAAACUCAUAGAAAAUAUAUAUUAGAAUUUGAAGAGUAUCUUCUUCUUCUUUUUUUUUGAAACACUAAAAGAGUAUCUUUGUUCAACAACAACAAAAUUAUAUUUGGUGGAUCCCCAAGAUGCGAAAAUUAUAGAAAGCAUACCAAUGAGUAGGACUCAGAUGGAGGAUAGGGAUGAAUGUCAUUUCACAAAUAAUGAGAAAUUCACGUUCAAAUCAUAAUACCAAGUUGAACGGAUAUAUCCAGAUAAGGAAAAACCACCAAUAGUGUUUGGACCCACAGUCGAUCUACUAAAGGCUUUCUGCUGGAAUGUUUGGUGUCUACUAAAGAUAAAACAUUUUUUUAUGACAAUUGGUGUUAGGGUGUAUAGCAGUCAAGAAAAAUUUGCAAGCGAGAGGGAUACAAGGGGUUUUAUGUUGUGCCAGAUGUGGAGUUAUGAAAGAAUCAUAAACCAUGUGUUUUUAAAUGUUCACCAGCGCGUGAGGUUUCAGCGUUAUCAAAGAUACCAUCAAAUACAUAUAGUUUUCUUACUAGUUCUCUCUUCAAAUAUAUGAAUCAUCAGUUUUGGAGAGUGCUCCUCCGCUAAUGGAUGAUCAUCAAUUUACAUGGAUACUUUGGUACAUUUGAAAAGAACCACAAAGUUUUCAGUAAUUUAGACAUUGAUCCUAGGAAAACGCUAAUUUUAGCGGAAACAAAAUCUACACUUUUGGCUGAGGCACAUGUUUUAAACACACAGAGAGCUGCCCAACAUGUCGAGGGUACAAACUUACCAUCAAUCCCAUGAGGAUGGUGUUUUAAAGAGAUCUUGUAAAGAUAAAGAGACUUUUUCAAGACUAGGUUGGUAUAGUAAACUAGAAGGUUUCGACUGUUUGAUGGGGGCAAGAAAUAUCAAGACUAGCCUCUCACCUCUUCAUUCGGAGGUGGAAGCGCUAGUAUGGGCAAUGCAAUGUAUGAAGAAUUUGCUUUAGUAUCAUAUCACAUUUGUAACUGAUUGUUUUCAAUUGGUAAAGAUGGUUUCAGAACCAGAAGAAUACCAGCUUUUUCUCAACUCAGAGAUUAUUCAUGUAACAAGAACGCGUAAUAAAAAUGCGGAUAGUUUAGCACGUAGUUUCAGGAACCAAUCGUCUUUUGUCAGUAUAAAUCUGUGUAUGUUGAUGACAGAAAAAAAAAAACAAAAAUACUAUCUUGGUAGAUGAUGUGGUCGCUUAAAUAUAAAAAUGCUUGGAGUCUAAAAUUGAAUUAUUCAGAUGAUAUAUAGUGGAAUAGAAACUUAUAUCUCAUCAUUGGUAUGUUUAUGGGCACAUUACAGUUGUGGACAGAGACAACACAGACACUCUCAUGCCGGAGAGUGAACACAAUCUUCCCAAGUCUUCAAACGGUAAUCUAAGACCAAACCGUUGACUUUGUCAUUAAUUUUUUAUGCUAGGCACAAGAUAUUUGAUCCAAUGAUUACCAUAAAUUACUAUAUAUAGACAAAAAUGUGCACCUCAACUUUCUUAUCUAACAUAAAACUCAGCAAAAUUCCAGGUUUAUUUUAGAUAUUCAAAUUCCAGGAUCUCCAUGGCUAUCCACAAGAUCAUCUUAGCUUCGUUUAUAGUCUACUUAAUGAUCCAGUUUAGUCAUGGUGCUACCAAAGAAAGGCUCUUCUCUGACCUGGAGAAAGAUGCACUUGACGUUACCGCUAAACCCAGCCGACAAGGCGUUUUGGAUGCCGGAAUUGACAAGUUGAGCAUUACAUGGAAGCUAAGAUCCACAGCUAAAAAGCAGGCUAAUUUUACGACCAUCAAAGUAAAGCUAUGCUACGCUCCGGUCAGCCAAGUUGACAGACCAUGGCGCAAGACCGAAAAUGAACUUUUCAAAGACAAGACCUGCCCACACAAGAUCAUCACCAGGGCCUAUAAUAAAUCAUCUCAAUCAUUUAAAUAUACCCUCGACCGCGACAUCCCCACCGGGACCUACUUCGUUCGUACCUACGCAGUUGAUGCCAAAGACCAUGAAGUUGCCUUUGGACAAAGCACGAACGAGGCCAAGACAACUAAUCUGUUCAGCGUUCAGGCUAUCAGUGGUCGCCACAAGUCCCUCGAUAUUGCCUCCGUCUGCUUCAGCGUCUUCUCCGUCCUAGCUCUGCUCGUCUUCUUCGUCAACGAGAAGAGGAAGGCCAAGUUAGAGCAAAGCAAAUGAGUCGUUUACUUCGCGACCGCGUAAUUGCGACGUUUUGCCUUUGAAUUUUUUUAUCAGUUGUUUUUGUUUUGUUCUUAGUUAUCAUCUAUUUUGUACGUUUUUCUUACAUGUUUGUAAGCCAUUCAUAAUGAGCCAAAACCUAAUCCUACGGUGGUGAACUGGUGAUGUAUUGUGUGCUUUCUAUAUUUUUAAUACUAUUUUUGAUAUAUAUUCAUAUACACUUUCGUCACAAAGAUUGAUAUUCUUUUCUUUAUGGUAGAAGAAAAAUGGGUAAAUUACAUGUUUACCACUUUUGUGGUACCACUUUUCAUUUUUACCACCACUAAUGAGACAUUUUUAAAAAUAUCUUAUUCAUUAAGUGUCAAAAGACUCUUAUGCCUUUGUUAUUUAUAUAUAUAAUAAAUUAUUAUUUAAAAAAAACUUAAUAAAAAAAAAAUAAUCAUAAAUUUU